CGGUGAACCUACUGGGACUACCCCCCUCACACAAAGCUGGCGGAGGAGCAGCAGUGUGCCACACGGAACCUCCAGACCGGGGAAGAAAGUUCUGGCGAGGCCGAGCACCGCUUCCGUUCCCCCGUACUUGUCUCCGGAUAUCUGUGCCCAUAUACAUUAUUGUCCUGGUUGUGGCAGCUCCAGACUAAGCACAAAUGUGUAUGUAUGGUCACAUACACCAACUCCUUUGAGAUCUUAUCAUCUGUGUUUUUCUAAGUCAGGAGUACUUCGCUACCAUGUUCUGGAAGUUUGACCUCAACACAACAUCACAUGUCGACAAGCUCCUGGAAAAGGACGAUGUAACCCUCCUAGAAUUAAUGGAUGAAGAUGACCUGCUCCAAGAGUGUAAAGCUCAAAACCAGCGGCUCCUGGACUUUCUGUGUCGGCCACAAUGCAUGGAGCAGCUUGUACUCCUUAUCACACAACAACCUCCUGACGAUAUGGAUGAGAAAGUCCGCUUUAAGUACCCUAAUAUAGCCUGUGAGUUGCUCACCUGUGAUGUGCCACAGAUUAAUGAUAAACUAGGUGAGGAUGAAAACCUCUUGAACAUCCUAUAUGACUUUCUGCAACAAGAGCCUCCACUUAAUCCUCUGCUGGCCAGCUUCUUCAGCAAGACCAUUGGAAAUCUGAUUGCAAGGAAAACUGAACAAGUGAUCGGAUUUCUGAGGAAAAAGGAAAAGUUCCUUACACUGGUGCUGGAACACAUUGGUACUUCAGCUAUGAUGGACCUUUUGCUUCGUCUCAUCAGCUGUGUGGAGCCGGCUCCACUUAGACAAGAAGUGCUAAAUUGGUUGAAUGAAGAGAGACUUAUUCAGAGACUGAUAGAUCUUAUCCAUUGCAGUCAGGAUGAGGAUAGGCAGUCUAAUGCAUCGCAAACCCUAUGUGAUCUCAUUCGCCUGAGUAGAGAUCAGUGCAACCAGAUGCAGGAAAUACUGGAGGCUGAUCCCCUUUUGGUAACGCUUGAAUCACAACAGUGUGUAGAGCAACUUUUGCACAACAUGUUUAAAGGAGAGCCAACUGAGAGCUGUGUUGUGUGUGGGACUCAGAUUUUGCUGACGUUACUGGAAACCAGAAGACCAAGCGUGGAUCCUCUGUUAGAUUCACUUCCUCAGGGAUAUGAGAGGCCAGGUACAGUGGUCAGUAGCAGUGUUAUUCAGGGCAUAGAAUCACGUCUAAAGGACUUUCACCAUCUGCUCCAGCAACCCCCUAAGAAAGAGUCUAUCUUGACCACCAUUGGUAUUUUGGAAGAACCUUUGGGAAAUGCUCGACUCCAUACUACUCGCCUUGUUGCUGCUUUGCUUCAAGCCAAUACAUCCAGUAUUAACCAGGAGCUCUGCAGACUUCGGACAAUGGAUCUGUUACUUGACUUAUUUUUUAGGUACACUUGGAAUAACUUUCUACACAUCCAGGUGGAGAUGUGCAUAGCUGCAAUCCUUUCACACUCUUUGCAAAAUGGAAAGUGUUGUGGAGCUUUGGAGGAGAAAACUAACUUGGAGACACCAAAUGAGAGCACGGAAAUAUCUGAGACUUCUGUGCCUGACCAAGAAGAUCUUAUGAUUACACAUCUCUUUCAGGACUGCUGCUUGGUUCAAAGAAUUUUGGAUGCAUGGGAAACCAAUGACAAAAUCCAGGCUGAGGGAGGAAUGAGGAGGGGAAAUAUGGGUCACUUAACUCGUAUAGCCAAUGCCGUUGUACAGAAUAUGGAGAAAGGUUCUAUUCAAGUACAGAUCAGUGACUUUAUUACAGAGCUGCCAGAGGACUGCAGGGGAAGGUGGGAAACCUUUGUUGAGGAGACCUUGACUGAAACAAACCGAAAGAAUACGGUGGACUUGGUUAACCCCCAUCAUUUACGCUCAUCCAGUGAAGAUGAAGAUAUUGACAGUGCUUUUCCUAAUGAAUUGUCUGUGCAGCAAGCUUUUUCAGACUACCAAAUUCAACAGAUGACGUCUAACUUUGUCGACCAGUUUGGUUUUAAUGAUGAAGAAUUUGCAGAGCAGGAAGACAAUAUUAAUGCUCCCUUUGAUCGGAUCACAGAGAUUAAUUUUAAUCUAGAAGCUGAAGAUGAAAAUCCUAAUGCUGCCCUAUUUGAAGCCUGCUGCAAUGAAAGAAUUCAGCAGUUUGACGAUGAAGAGGAAGAUAUUUGGGAGGAAAAGGAGAUUGGUUAUGGCACACAAGUUAAGUCUAGAACUCGUUGCAGGUUUGGAGUAUCACAAUCUUCCGAGGAUUCAUCCCGCAGUGACUUGGAGAAUGGAGAGCCAGAGGGAAGCCCUGCAACUGAUGAUGAAGGGCAGGGGGGUUGUCACAAUGCAGAAACACCUCCAAAUCUUAGUCCAAUAAGUGGUAGUCCUCCCACACAGAGAGAGAGUACCAUAUCAGAAGAGACUGGAUGGACUGCUGUGUUUGAUGAGCAUGUGAACUCCAAACCUCCCACUCCUUCUGUAACUUUGGAUGUAGGUUCUAAUGUGUGGGAUCCACCUGCCCCAGAAACCUCCACUCCUGAAGAAAAGGGAUGGGCCAAGUUUACAGACUUUCAACCAUUUUGUUGUUCUGAAUCUGGUCCCCGGUGCAGUUCACCAGUGGAUACUGAAAGCAGUGCGUCUGAGGGACAUUCAAAGCAGAGUGAAGAAAAAUUCUUCAGUGCCACAUCCCCCUGUGUGUGGAAUGUAUGUGUAGCCAGAAAGGCUCCAGUAAUUGGUUCAGAUAGCAGCUCCUCCGGUGGUUCUGACAGUGAAGAAGACGACAAAAACAAUAUUAUUACUGAAACUAUAAGCACUGGAGCUGGACAUGAGACUAUCAGACUCACCAUGGACACCAAGAAUGAGAAGGCUACGUUUAGUAGAAUCUUUACACCUGCAGGUAAUCCUGAUACCCUAGUCAUUGAUCAGUUGACUAUUGCUGAUACCAGAUGUGCAAAUGAAAUACACUCUUGUAAUGCCAAUACUGAAGAUGAAUCACAGGAACAGAAGUUGGGUUCACCUUGCACAAAUUCACAGGGCCUUUGCAAAGAGAAGAGUCAUGAGGAUCUUACCCUGAAUUCUGAAGCUACAUUAAAUGGGCCUGCAUGACAGAACUUCAGCUCCAAUCUACAUCGGGUGUGAGGCAGGACCUCGUAUUCCCAGGGACCUUUGUGAAGAAACAGUAACAUCUAGUUUGUUUUGAGAACCUUAUGCCAAUUAAUUGAGCACUGCAGGAAAAUAGCAAAACUAUUGGAUAUACAGCAAGCUGAACUGAGACUUGGAAAUACAAUUCUGGGUGUGUUGGUUCAGACCCUUGAAAGAAAUACUGCCUCCUGCCUCUGCAGCUUCUUCCAUAUCCUUCUGUCAUCAUACCUGUUGUUGAAAGCUGUACAAGGCAGCUCGGAAAUAAGCAUGAUUGAAGUAGUGUUUCCUUGUCUGCAAUCUUAGGAGAAACUUCAUUAUUUUAGCAAUAAUCCUCCAAAUAUUAGUGCAAAUUUGUCUAUCUGCUUGCUUGCAGAUGUGAUCAUUUUCAGCAGUGAACAGCAGAACAGAUCACAAGCUGGUCUAGUGUGGCAAAACACUGGACAUAAACUGGUACAGACGGGUUAGUCUUUUGUUUCCAUGCACUUUACCUUCUGAUCCUUUCAAACCACCUUUUGAUUUUGAAAAAGGACAGAUUUUAAGAAUAACUUUAUGAAAGUCUAACUUCUUUGCUAAAAUAUGACCUCUGAAAGGCCGUAUUAGCAUUUUUAAAAGUAUCAUAGAGCCAGCAAGAAUAUGCUGCCACGAUUUGGAGUUCAUUGUAGGGUUUUUCGAAUAGAGAUCAAAGUCCCACGGUCAUUUAUCAUCUGUCAAGGUUGGAAGGAAAUCCCAUGAUGACCAUCUUUUUAAACUUCUGAAGGUGAAAGAUGUCCACAGUAAUUAUGAUACUGACCUCCAGCAAAACAGGUUUACUGGUAUUCUCACCAAAUGUUGGCUUACUUCUCAGAUCUGUUAUUCUUUUUGGUUAAAAAGGGACUUCAGCCCCUUUGUUAUUAAGCAGUACAGUAAUGAUGAAUUAGGUCCUACAUCAGAGCAACAUUCUUCUCCAGUGGAACAAACACACCAUGGGGUCUGGACAUUUGGAUGCACCUCUCAGCCACUAUUCAGAUCUCAGAUCAGAUCCCGCCUGAUGAAGUACGUGAUGACGUAGGAAACAGCUGUCGCGCUGACUCCUAGCUCCUGCUAACACCACUACAGCUCCCCGCCUCAGUGUUAAUGUUGGCACAUGAAAAUUGGAUAAAUAAAGACUGAAUGUGCCAGUAUUGAAAUUUCAAAGGUCUCCGAAUUACUUGAGUGAAAUCCAGAAAUCUUGUUCGAAUGAAAUCUUGUUCGAAUCCAGAUUUAGACAAACGUCUUAGAUUUUCCAGGACAAGGAUAGACAUAUGGAGAUCGGUGUGAAGGAUCUAGUACGCAUGAGUAAGGGUGUGGACCCCGAAACAUCGCGCAUCAGAUCCUGACUUUCUUUUGUACUUCGAGAUACCGUGGCUACGAAAAGCUGUUAAUUCUCGAUGUUCUUCAUACCAGAAAGAUGCCGAUACAUACGAUUAACAGGAGACAGCAACGUAAUGUGUUAGGAGCCUGACAAACUCUGAAGCCUUCACAGAACAUGUGUAUUUGUACUAAGCUUAACUUACAGACAGGUGAAACCUGUUUACUAAUUAUGUGAAGGUAAUUGUUUGCACCAGAUCUUUGUUAAAGGUUUACAUUUUUGUAAUAUAUUACAAAUAAUUAAAGCUUUAACUCACCUUCCUCGCUCCCUUUUAGCCUCCGGUGUCAGGAUGCUGCAGCCAGAGACGCUGCUUUCUCCGUAGCCACAGAGCAUAGUGUCUGCAGCCAGGAAUACAGACAGUGCCUCACACCAAUCACUGGCUGAGACAGGACAGAUUGGCAGAGUAGCACUGUGACGUCUCAGCUGCAGCUCCAGUGGAGACCAGCUGGAAAUGGGGUGCCCUGAGGCUACAAGGGAACAGAGGAAGACGAGUUAAAGCUUUAUUAUUUUAUUAGGCAGGCUGGGCAUAUUAUAAAACAAGACAUUUCCCAAGGUAACCCCUUGAAGCUAGAAGCCUGUGCAACUAGGACCAUGUGAAAGGGCCAAAAAAAAAAUAAAACACUCGUGGUCAGAGCCAGCAGGCUGCUAACCCUUACAGAGCCAACCCAUAAUAAGCCUCAUUUUAAGACCUGUGUUGUGGAAGAUAAGGAGGCUGCCUUAAACCAAGGCACCCCUGGUAAGCAAGCUCAGCUGAAACAGAGCAGUCGACAAGAAACAAUACUCUGAAGCACAGUGACCAUUAUUCCUUCUCUUCAUUUUAAGGCUUAGGGUACAGAACUAUAGCAAGAGAACCUGUCUAAGCACCUUAGGGGAGAGAGGGGAAAAAUAAAAUACCCUGGUUCCUUGACUGUUGAUCAGCUUUAUAGGGUAACAACUUAAGUGCUUAACCUACCAGUCACCAAAAGAAAACUUAAAAUAUCUUCCAGACAUACCAAAAGUUCAGAUUACAGCAUGUCUCAGGACUAAGUCGGUAGAGUACGCAGCAGUGUGCUUUAGUGCCUGUCUACUGGCUCCAUCUGACUUAUUUACUCCAUAGACUAUAAUGGAGUGAAUAAGUCAGGACGGGUGGGUGGCCAGGCAGUAAAGCACACUGUCACACACGAUCCCAGCAGGUCUCAGGACUGAACGCCAGUGCAAUCUAAAUUUUUACUUGUCUGGACAACACAUUAAAAGUUUUUUGGGUGAAAGGUGCACUUUGAUUUAUUGCUAAAUCAUUUGUAUGUCCAAUUAUACCAAAGGGGCUUUAACCCGUUGGUUACUUUGCUGGCAUAGGAUGAUCAGGAAUUUGUAAAAUUAUUCAUCAUACAAUAAAUUAUUUUUCUUUCUGCUGAAUUCCACUUUAAACAAUACAUUAUUUAGGGUUUAUAAUACUACCAUACUAUGUUUGAUAAAGGUAAAUGCUGUUAUUUAGGACUGAUGUUUUAGUUUCUUUACAGGAGACAAACAGAUUUGCUAUAUAUAUAUAUAAAAAAUAAAAAUGUCAUAUCCUUUUAAACAGUUGUUAGUUUCAUUUAUUUGUCUGGAUAUCUUUGUUUCCAUAUAUCUAGGCACAACCCAAGGACUUAUGUUUGUCACAAUGUACAAGAACUGAUUUAUUUCUACAAAAAAAAAAAAAAAACUAGAAACUUCAGCCUGAGAAUUGUAUUAUGUACAAAAAGAGUCCAUAAAAUGGCUGCCCUUACGGAGCAUUUUAAGCUUUAUUUACCCAGGGAUGUACAGGAAUGUGAUUAUUAACCCUUUCACUGCAAUGGCAGGCAAAAACAGGCUUUUAAAAGUAACAUCAAAAUACUCAUGGAACACGGCCACAUGCUGCUUGAUCUGUCAAGAAAAUGAU